GUGGGGGGUGGGAAGAAGAAGAAGAAAGGGAGGCAGUGCAUUGGCACUUUCAUUUGUAACAACAGAGGCGGGGAGACGGCGGUGUUGCUGAACGUGGUGCACAGGAUCAAGUUUCGCUUUCGCAGGGAAGAUCAUUCACGCACGGGUUGUGUUUGGAACAACUAAAAGACGUUCAAAUGGCAGCGAUUACAACCAACACCUCCGACGCCGCUGAUAUACGUGCAGCAGCAGCAAUCCUUAUAUUUUAAUUGUCUUGGGUUGUUAUUUUUAAACAAGAGCAAGGUUAGAGGAAGGACUCUGUCUGUAGCAGAGUUCUAUCUUUUUUAGCAACGUUGAUUACCGGUGGAAGUGCUCGUGUAGUCGUGUACGCAUUACACGUUCGUUCAGCAAUUGCAACGCCAAUAAGGGCACGAGAUAGUAGCCGUACACAGUGGACUCGUACAUUAGGCACCAACACAAUAUACUAACAUUCAGUAAGGGCUAAGAAGAAUAGGGUACAAACACUAGGCACACACACGCAGUACGUACCUACUGUAACAUACUGCAACAGGCACACACAAACACACAUCAACAUACACAUCUACCCGGCACAAAUAUACAUUACACACACACAGUAAGCACAUUACACACACAGCACAGAUAUACAUUACACACAGUAAGCACAGAUACACAUUACACACACAGUAAUCACAGAUAUACAUCACACACACAGUAAGUACAGAUAUACAUUACACACACACAGUAAUAUACAUUACACAUCACACACACAGCACUGAUAUACAUUAUACACACACAGUAAUAUACAUUAUACACACACAGUAAUAUACAUUAUACACACACAGUAAGCACAUUACACACACACACUAAGCAAGCAGGCAACAACAUAGACAUCUCGCCAAGACAACACACACAGUGUGCAGCAGGAAUGAUGUCCGGGGUGCGGGUCUCCCCCAGCAGCAGCAGCAGUGGGGGCAGCAGCAGCAGUAGUGUGGGGGGCAGCAGCAGCAGUAUGGGGGGCAGCAGCAGCAGUAUGGGGGGCAGCCCUGGCGAGGAGGCAGAGGCGGCAGCAGCAGGGGCAGCAGUGCGGGGUCCCUCUCGCCGGCCGCCCGAGCUGCUGCUGCUGCCCCCUCCCCGUGCCGCCGCGUGCCGCAGCCUGUUCGGCUCCCCCGAGCGCGGCGAGGUGGAGAAGGAGCUCAAGGAGACCCUCGCCGCCCUGGCAGAGGACCACAGGCGCCGAUGGAACUUCGACUUCGAGGCCGAGAGGCCGCUGCGAGGACGAUUCGAAUGGGAGGCGAUGGACGGGGCGAACGUGCCCGGGUGUUACCGGACGAGACCGCUGUCCAACAACAAUAACAACAGUAGUAACAACAACAACAGCAACAACAACAACAGCAGCAGCAGCAGAAAUCAUGGACUGGUUUCGAGCGUCAUCCCUGGCCUCCUGACACCGGCAUUGGCUGCAUCAUCUCCACCACGUGGCCGUCCGCAAUCACGCGGUGAUGAUGAUGACAGCCAGAGGAUCACCGCCACAGCUACUACGACCACCACCAUCACUGCCAACAACAGCACUAACAACAACAACAGCAGUAAGAACACUGACAGCAGCAGCAGCAACAGCGAUAGAGGAGAUGCAUUUGGCACGACGAGCGUCCUCCGAGAUGAAGACGAACACGGACAACCUGGGCGAGGGGGACCAUCAUCGGCCGGAGGAGAUGGAGCAUCACGAGCUGGUGGAGCAUCUUCUGGAGAAGAUGGAGCAUCAGGACCUGGUGGAGCAUCUUCUGGAGGUGAUGGAGCAUCAGGAGCUGGUGGAGGAUCUUCUGGAGGUGAUGGAGCAUCAGGACCUGGUGGAGCAUCUUCUGGAGGUGAUGGAGCAUCAGGAGCUGGUGGAGCAUCUUCUGGAGGAGAUGGAGCAUCAGGAGCUGGUGGAGCAUCUUCUGGAGGUGAUGGCAAUGCCGAGGCUUCGCCCGGAGGAGGUGAAGCUUCGUCGUCGUCGUCAUCUGCAGACGUCGAGAUGACUCCCCGGGACCGUUCAGCCUCCGCGUGCCACGACCGGACGAGGCAGUCGCCCGAGGCGUGCAGCCUUCACAAGCGGGGCUCGGCCCUCAUGGAAUACUUUCCCAAGAGGAAUAAGUCGGAUGGGAGCCCACCUCAUCCCCCUGGGUUGGAGAGUGGUGACCAGUGAGGAGUGGACUCCAGAGUGAGAUGUCCCAACUUUCACGGUCCCAGGCUUCCACUGCCGAAGAGAGGAGCGCUCAGGACUUGGAUGACGAUUACGAGCGCCAGCACACUCAGGGCGACAAUACAAGACAAAUGAAAGACAAUUUUUAGCACUGGACAGAUGGAAACCUUACAUGGGGAAGGCACAGAUAUAUGGGUUGCCUAGCGUCCUCGGCCAAUUAAAAGGCUGGUCCAUCGACUUACAUUACUAAUUUAAAACAAAAAACAUGGCAAGACUGUGCAAUUUUAUUUUGGGGUAUGCUUUGUGGGAUUUGUUUGUGUUCUUUCGAAGUUUAGUGUCAUCUUAAGAUGUAGCAAAGACAGCUUGAAGACAAUGCUUAAGCUAUAUGAUGUUUAUUCAUUUAAAGUACAGCUCUAAGCCAUGGAAUAAAAUAAUUUAAAAGUGAUUUCUUUUUUAUCAAUAUAAUUUUUUUUAUUAAAUAUUAUUUUCAUGGUAACAUCCAGAAGUCUAAAAUAGAUAUAUAAAAUUAUAUAAAUACAGCUGAGUUAAUGCUGUAAUUUGUACAGUUUCUGAUGAAGGCCUGUAUAAUGUUUUGAUCCCUUGCACACUUUCAUUACUCUGUCUUCAUUAAAACAUUCUGGAGGAUAAUUUUAAAUUUUCUCAAAAUCCAGGUUGUUAAAAUUAGCAGUAAACAUUAAGGCAUGUCUCCUUAAAGGUGAUAACUGUAAACUAAUUUUUUCACUUGCUUUUAUACAUUCACUUAAUACUUUGUUGUAAUGUUUUGGAAGAAUAACCCUUUAAACCAAGGUGCACUAUUUUUGUUUGUAUUUUGACGGUUUAUAAUAGUAUGAGCAGAUGUUUUUUUGUUUAAUGUUUUUAUUUCCUUUUUAUUACAAAUAUCGAUGACAAAGAUCAUGCUUUAUUUAAAAUCUAAGCAGCUGGAAUACCCUUUAUCCAUGUAUAUAAAUAUGUUGUUUAGAAAGUGGCUAUUCAUGACUAAUUUAUUUAUAAAUUAUAAGGCGCUUUUUCAGCGUAGUCCUGAUUUACAAAAAGGUUGUUGAAAGCCAAAGUGGCAACAAGAUAUUAUUUCUUAUUUGCCUUUCAUUUUUUUUUAAUCCUUUGCGUGCAGGUAGUGUUUGGUAGAGCUUUGCUUUGUUGAAUGCUGAGCCAAGCUUGGGAGAAUUGUUUUUUUUGUGUGUGUUUUCCUGAGUUUGAGCGAGCUCGUGUGUGUGUUUUUUGUCAUUGAAGGUUUUUAUUUUUGUAGUUGAAAACAAAUUUCUUGUACAUGACUGCUUUGGAAAAAUUAUUUAUUUGAAUAAACGGCACUGUUACGCAUGUAA